AUGAGUGACUCAGUACGGGUAAAAGAGGCAUUCGCUGCCGUGAGUGUGUUUCUCGAACCUGUUCUUCAACGAGAUAGCGUUCAGAGCCAAAAGUUGCGGGGGCAGACUUUAGUAGAAAUUCUGAACGAGACACUCCGUGACGAUGAGAAAAGCACUGGGUCUGUGAGGAGCGAUGUCAUCAUUAAAGCUUUGAGCCUACUGUCUCUCAUCCAUAUUGCUUUCGUCACUCCCUCCAGCGAUGGGGAUCAGUCCAGCCAGACGGGCCAGGAAACAGAAGAUGCUGCCCUGGAAGAUGCAAAAAGACGCAGGCUACUUCUCGCUCUAUUGGAUCUGAUUGCUGUGGAAGGCAUAUACCCGUCACUUUCGAGAGGUCUUGGCCUACCUCUGCACCAAAGGGUGUUCUCGGCUCUGCCUGCGGGGGUUAUUGCUCAACAACAACAUCAUGCUCAGGAGAGUCCCGAAGACGAAUAUCUCCUCGAAAGGAUAUGGUCCACUCUCUCGAGCGUCAUAUUCGAUGCAAGAAUGAGCGUUCAAGAUGUCAUCCGUGGCCGAAUCCUUAGCGACAUGAUCAGUGCAGCUGCAGACCUGGCUUAUAACUCAAAAAGCCUCUCCGACGAUAAGAAGGCUAUCUACCGUCAGGAGGUGGGAAGACUGAUUGAAGAGACUCCCAGCCCUGUGUUGCUACCAACAUUGUCCACUUUCCUGCAGUCGGAUCCUGCUCCGUGGUUCAAGUCUUUGGUCUCUAGCGAGCUGUCACGAUUUCCAUUACGCCCCGGUGGUGUACUCCAAACUAUGGUCUUUCUGGCCUCUCAGUUUGCCCCUACUCUGGGAGCCGAAGCUCAGGCCCAGGCAUCGAAUGGCCCAAUCUUCACAGUGCAGGGUAUAAUGCAAACGUCCCGCCUGCUGUCCUCAGUUCCAGAAGGAAUGGACCCGGUCAACUACUUUUCCACAAUAGCACCGCAGCUACUAGAGUUGAUUGACGGCGAUGACCCUGACCUAAUGAAGACAGCAGCAUACGUAAUUGGAAACGGUAUCUUGGGUAAAAGAGCCUACGGCGCUCCUGGGACCGUCGGGCACUCCAUAUUCUUGGAGCCUAUCUUCAAAGCGCUUACUGCGGGGCUUGAUGAUUCCUCAAAGAAAUGGAUAGCUACCGCUGAUGAGUUUGACCGUGGAUCAUCCGAGCAAAUUCAAGUAGCCGAGCCGACGAUAUUAUUAGCAGUCGACAGAUUGCGAACCUUAGUCCUCCAACCUCCAAACCCGGGUCUCGUGAAGCGCGUCGUCCACCCUAUUCUAGUGCCACUCUGGGGCCUAGCUUGCUAUACAAUGGAACAUCAAAAUAUGGCACUGCAUGAGAAAAUCUUAACUAUCCUACAGACAUAUUUCGGAAUAUCAGUUGGACUUCAACCAUUACAGAAACUCGUCGACAACCUACUCUAUGAUGGCGGGGCAGCGUGGACUUAUGAUUCAGACUCGAAGAACAAAGUCUUACUGCGGAAGCGCAACACGUCAGAAACGAAUCGCAACAUUGUCCGCCUCGUCGACAUAUUGCAGUCUCGCACGAAACUCUUCGUCGGCUUAUUGGGCGCAGACCCCAGUAGCGAAGAGCGGACAGCUGACAUCUUCCUCUACGUCAGUGAAAGCUGGCUGGUGAAACCUACCUUGGAUGAGCGUUCGAUGGAUAGAUUGCGACUAUCCCCGGAGGAAGACAACUUCAAGAACAUUAUGCAGCAGUUGAUCAGUGCCAAGGUAGCGGAAACGCUGCUCGACAAUUUCAAAGACGUCCUUUCCCGUCGUCCUUUACGCGUGCUCGAACUCAUCAAGCAAAUAAUCGACAGUGAACUGAACCGAGCAUACGUGCGGAGCAAGAAGACCAUGGGUACACGGUCAGGCAAGGUAUCCCUAUCGUCACUGGCCAACAUCGUCGAGCCAGACGACACCGGAAAGGAAGAAGCAGCAACAGACACAGACUCCGCCGAAUCACUGCCAGCCGUAUUCAGCCUUCUAUCUACUGUCCUCGCCUCACCCGAUUUCACCAUCUCAUCUGAGACCCUCCCAGUGCUCGAAGCCAUCAAGUCAAAACUCGACGAUCUAACCCCCCAUCUCCCACCCGACCUCUCCAAACCAGCAACCACAUCAUCAAUGCUCAUCGAGAUCCACCUCGCCAACCCCGAAGGCGAGACCCUCAUAACAAACAAACCAACCAGCGAAAUAGCCGACUUCGAAACCCACCGUCGCGCACUAUCCAACCUAAACUCCGACCUCGCCCCCAUCCAAGCCGAAGGCUUCUCCCUCCUCUCAAACCUCAUCACCAAAGCCUCUCCAGUCCUCGACAUCCCCUCCACCCUGACCCUCCUCCUAUCCAUCAUAACCGACACCUCCGAAACCCACAGCACCGACGAAUUCAUCUACCUAAACGCCAUCAAACUCAUCGGCACCCUCGCAUCACGGCACCCCCGCACCGUGAUCAAAACCCUGGUAGACCGCUACAUCGACAAAACCGAGACCCACACCCUCGACCAAAGACUCAAGAUCGGCGAAUCCCUCCUCCGCACCGUCCAGGACCUCAACGACGCCCUAACAGGCGAGACCGCCAAACUCCUCGCCGAAGGCAUGAUUGCCGUCGCCGGCCGACGCGCCCAGAAACCCCAAGCCCAAAAGACACGCAGACAGCAACUCGAGAAAGAGAAACGGAAAGCAGAACGCGAAGAAGCCCGCAAGCAAAAGGAAUCUUCCAUGCCCCCAGGAUGGAGCAUCUCCACAUCUACAUCCAAAAUCCAAGAACUAUCAGACCAAAUCCAGAAGGAAGUCGACGCCUCGGAUUCCGAAGAAGACGAAGAGCAAGCCGCCCACUCCGCCAACAUCAUCUCCGCCUGGGCAGCAGGCGCAGCAUCAGACUCCGAACCAGAGGAUCUCCGCGUCCGCGCAUCCGCAUUAUCCAUCCUAGCAAGCGCCAUCCAAACGAAUAUCCUCGGUCUCGGACCCUCGGUUAUCUCCUCCGCCGUGGAAUUAGCCCUCGCGACGCUGACACUAGAACCGGAGGUUGAGUCCGCUAUCCUGCGACGCGCGAGCGCUAUCCUCCUUGUUGAUAUUCUCAAAGCUAUGGAUACCGUUCGCGAGAAUCGCGGUAGUCAAGCUCUGGGCUUCGGGUUUUCGCUUUCGGAUACGAAGGGUGUUGGAAUGGAUGGGGGAGCAGCGACGGUAGGGAAUAUUCCGCAUAUGUUGUCUUCGUUGAGGUUUGUGGAGAGUUGGGAGACGGAUUCGAUUGUGAGGGGACACGUACGAGUGUUGGUGGAGAGUUUGGAGGCUUGGUUGGAGAAGUCGCUGUUGUGGGGGAUUGGGGCGAGAGGGGAGGAUGAGGAGCCGAGGUUGGAAUUGGGGGAUCGGAUUGCUGGGUUGAGAGUUAGUCCGCUUUCUGGUAGGGAUGAAGGUAUGAGGCCGAGGAUUGAGGAGAUUGAGUAG